AUGAUAAAUGUGAUUUCUAAGAAGAUACCAGUGGGAGAUGAACAAGCAACUAUAACUGAAAAGUGGGGUAGAAGCUCUCUAAAAAGGAGGAUUCCAAUCAAGAAGAAAGAUCCUAGAGAGUUUGCAAUACCUUGCACUAUAAAUGACAGAACAUUCAAGAAGGUGCUAAUUGAUUAUGGUUCUAGUGUGAGCUUAAUGCCAUUAUCUCUUUUAAAAAAGCUUGGCAUUGGAAAGAUAAGUGAGAGUGGGACAAAAAUGAAAUUUGUUGAUCACACCAUUAAGUAUUCAUAUGGGAUAGGUAAAGAUGUAUUGGUGGAAAUUGACAAAUUUGUCUUUCCAGUUGAUUUCAAGAAAUAA